UAGAACAGUGGGAGCGUCCUUCACAAUGGAGAACAUGACAAGAAAAGCAAGUACUCGUGUCUCCAGGCUCAUCUCUCCCAACACCAUAUUUUAAAAUACCACCACUUCAUUGGUUUGUUGUCUCCUCUGCUGGUGGUGGUGGUCUCCUGGGUGCCAAAGCUGAACGUUUCUCUCCUCUCUCUCUCUCUUCCAUGCAAAGUGGUCCCACCCUUACUCGGUGUUGCGUGGCUACCGGUAGUACCCUGGGCAGUUGCCCCCAAGGUUCGUAUCCUUUUUUUUUAGAUUAACAACAUCGAACGCCGUCCGUCCGUCCGUCGUUGAUGGUAAUGCAAAAGUCGAGGUUGUUCCAUCGUUGUGUUCUAAUUUUCGGUGCCGGUAAGUAGGCUGUCGUCUUGCUUUUGUGGUGGAAGAACCAUUGUUGGGCAUCUCGCUCGUCAGACGAGGACGAUGGCGGUGCAUGUUCCGGUUGUUGCUUUCCUCCCUCAGAUGUUUGCCGUGGCGACCUCCCAUUGCAUGGCUGGCUUCCUUCCAAGACCAUAUGCGUGCAGAUAGAUAGACUAGAUAGAUCAAGGGAUCCGUAGGCUUUAAUAGCCUGAGUGAGAAGGUCAGGUGUAGCUAGUUGAAGAUCUACUUCAGGAUGGCAGGCACAGCAGAGAAGGAGAAAAGAUACGUACUAUUGAAUCGUGUGGCAACAAGGUCCGGUACCGUAAUACCCAGAUCUUUCAAGCAUCACUUUCCAUCACUCCUUCGUACGGUACCUUUCUACAUGAGCUGUGCAUUCGUGUUGGAUACCGGCAACCAUUCAUUCCUUGCCUGAGCCUCCCAAUCGUUUUGUACGGUGGGUCCGAUUAGACGAAGUUCUUGAAAGAGAGGGAGAAGAGGGAGGAUGUCAGCGGAGAGCACAAGAUCAAAGAUAUGAGUCGUGGUGAAGAGAGGUACCGCUGACACGCACCUCGCUACGUGACCCAUGGGCUCCCCUUUCCAAAGCCAAAGUAAGAAGAAGAAAGUAGCACGGGCAGCCAUCGUUCACCGUUCGAGAGACAACACAAGAGACAGUACAAACUGCUGAACUCAUCAGUGCCAGUACUGAUACUGCUGCACUCAAGUAGUAGGACCUCAUCUGCUCUAUUGAUCUGUAUGCCCCAGUUUCAGCCACGACUUAUUGUGAAGGUACGGUACCAAGCAAGAGAAGAGUUUGGUGCCAAGCAACGAAUUUCCAACUCUUUCAUCCUCGGGUCAUAAAUAAUUGACAUCUGCUUCUUCACAACACAAUCUCUACAAACACCACCAAGACUUACCUUCCAACCACUGAAGCACUGAAACCAUGGACCCACCUCCCGCCACUCCUUCCACCACUCCAUCUCCUUCUGACUUGGAACAUGGUACAAUUCUGUUUUGGCGGAAUUGGCGGAAUGACCGUAAAAAGCCUCGGUUGACGUUUGGUCGGAUCUUUGGUUUGCCCCUCAUGCUCAUGCUCUACACAGUGGGGUUCUUUCUCGGCUACGACAAGAGUGACAGUGCCAAUGAAGUCGUGCUCCAUAAUAUUGGUCAGGGCAAACAAGUAGUGAGACUCUUCGAUGUCCAAGGGGCCGAUUUCGAGUUUCCUUCCAAACUGCGAUUGGCCGGUGAUGAUACGGCAUUCACCCUCCAAGUAGCACAAGAAAUCAAUGCCACCAUCGUCUCGAAUAUGGAAACUGUGUUCUAUCCCAAUCAGACGCAAGACGUCUUUUCUCAAGACUGCGAACUGGCCGACCUUUCUUCGGCUUACACCGAUAUUUGUGUCUAUCUCCAAUCCACAUCGGAUGCCAGUAACGAAAAUACCUUGUUUGCUCCACCCCCGUCUGUCAUACUCUAUUACCCCGGCAAGGAAACUGCCACACCCUAUGCUCCACCAUUGGCAGGAACCCAAUACGCUGUCCAUCAAGCCAUUUGGAAGAAUCACAUCAAUCCCCUCUUACUCCUCCAAGCCAAUAAUAAUCCCAACACUGUCAAUAUGGAAAUCAACCUCGAUCCACUGCAACUCCAGGUCAAUCCCAGAAUAGUGCCUUUGAUCCAAAAAAUCCAACGGACACCCAUGUUGAUUCAACCGGAACAGUCGGCUCAAAAUGCCAAUAUGGCACUCGUCAUUGCUCCCGGACUCUUGCAUUGUUUGGCGGCGGCCAUUAUGGCCAUGUUUUUGAUUGGCACGCCCCACAAUGAACGCGUCACACAAAAAGUCCAAAGUUUUGUCCUCGUCGGCGUCAAAUUGCGAACCUACGUCUUGACAUGGCUCGUUUAUUAUGGCCUCCAAGGCAUUCUGACGGCGACCAUCUUGACAUUGGUCAGUGUGUAUUACAAUCUCAUGCCACUGUCGAACUGGGCAUUGCUGUUUUUCAGUCAUUAUUUGGGAAUUCUGGGAUACAAUGGCCUGUUUGUCUUUUUGAGUCAACUCAUUGAACAAGAAGAAUUGGCACAAGGCAUGCCGUGGUUGACGGCGUUUGGAAGCAUGGCAUUGACAUUGCCGUUUGUCAUUGUGGAGAGUCCCACGUUUCCACUCCUCUACGUGUUUUCGGUCAUUUCUCCCACCUGUGGUGUCCUCCAGUAUUAUGCUGUCUAUGCCCGAUACGAUUAUACCGGUGUCGAUACCGGUAUUCAUUGGGGGGAUGGAACCGUGUCAGAAUCAGGAUUGUUGGGCGUGUACUUUGCCCAAGUGGCUUGUAUUGUAUUGUACACGACGCUGUUAUUGCUCAUGUCGUCGCCGCAUGUGCGAGCAUUCAUGAAUGGACAUCACAACAACAAAAACAAAAGCAACAGCGAACAAAAAGCAGAUGAGCCCACCGCGACUGCGGAAGAAGCAACCACGGAACACUUUGAACCAUUGGCACCCGGAUCCGACGUGCUCGUUCAAGUACGAGGACUCCAUCACACGUAUACUCCGGGCUGUUGCCAAUCCAUGUGCGACAGCAAGGCACAACCGACACAAGUAUUGCACGGACUCGAUAUGGAUAUUUGUCGUGGUGAAGUCUUUGGGUACCUGGGGCACAAUGGAGCUGGAAAAUCCACAUCCGUCCAAUUGCUCUCGGUCGAACAACCCGUGCAAGACGGAACGGUGACGUAUCAUUUUUCCAAUGGCGUCGCAGCAUUGGACAAUCCCCAUCACGCCGACGUGAUUCGAGGCAAUAUUGGCGUUUGUCCGCAACACAAUACGUCGUUGCAAGAGGAUCUGACGUGUCGGGAAACAUUGUAUCUAUUUGCACAACUCAAGGGACGCAUCCCCAAACAAAGUCCGGAUCAACCGGACGAGGAUGCCAUUCGAGACGAAGUGGAACGGCGACUCGACGAUAUUGCCUUUACGUCGGCGGGCGAUGCCGACAAACCCGUCGGAACGUAUUCGGGUGGAAUGAAACGAAAAGUCAGCAUUGCGCUGGCGCUGUUGGGAUCUCCCGAAGUGGUGUAUUUGGAUGAACCGACCGCCGGAAUGGAUCCGUACAAUCGACGACAAAUCUGGGAUAUGAUCAUUGCCGCCAAAAAGGGACGCAGCAUUAUUUUGACCACGCACUUUUUGGAUGAAGCCGAUGUCCUUAGCGAUCGCAUUGGUAUUUUGAAGGAUGGAAAGCUCAUUACGUGUGGAAGCAGUUUGUUCUUGAAACACCACUUCGGGGUGGGCUAUACUCUACGAUACGGACUUGACAGUGUCGAAGCUGAACCUAUUGACAUUACGACCAUGGUAGCGGAUGCCGAGCCGCUGCCCUUGGAGAUUCCAGGACGAUACGAAUGGCGAUUGGAGCAUGGAUCGGAACCCAAGUUUCCAGAGGUUUUGCGUGCAUUAGGGGAAGCGGGUGCCACCAAUGUGUCCUUGGAUCUCACGACGUUGGAGGAGGUCUUUUUGCAAACUGGAAAAGAAGACG